AUGGCGAUCUCCCGCUCUACCCUAAGCCUUGCUGGUAUCACCUUCCUCGCCGGUGCCAUUGUGAUGAUGUUCUUCAUUGUCCUCGCCGGGGUCUCUGAUGCAAACCCUCUCAACAAAACUUACUUCCUCUCCGCCGACACGAGCUCCAUCACCGACGCCCGCGAUCGCUCCCAAUGGACGUACUUCUACAUCUGCUCCCCCGGCAAUGUCGACUGCAGCGGCGCGUGGCCUGCUCCGGCUUUCGGCUGGGCCUGGUCCCAGGAUGCGGCAAACGCACCUAGUGAACUCGCCGGCUCAGCCGGUAACAACACCACAAACCACUACUACUAUCUGAUGUGGCGCUUCGGCUGGGUCUUCUUCCUUCUCGGCCUGUUCUUCGCAGUCAUGGCCUGGUUCUCCAGCUUCCUCGCUUGCUGCGGACGCCUGGGCGCGGGGCUUGCGGGGUUGAGUUCGGCGGUUGCCCUCCUAUUCUACACGGUCGCCGUGGCGCUUAUCACCACCACGUUCGUGAAGGCGCGCAAUGCGUUCCUAGCCGACGACAAAGAUGCGCAGCUGGGAACUUACGCAUUCGGCUUCAUGUGGGGCGCGUGGGCUGCCAUAUUCAUAGCUACGGUGCUGUUUUGCAUAGGAACUAGGACGCAACGUUCGGCUGCCGGAGGUGGCAAGCGGUGGGGCCGCACAAGGAGUGUACGCAGUGAACUAGGAGGCCGGAGGGUGAAGGAAGACUACGCUUAG